AUGUGGCCGUUUUCAAUUAGCUUUCCGAGUCUGAAGGACCUGGAUGAGGAAUAUGACUAUGUGAUAGUCGGUGGUACUGCAGGAUGCGUACUUGCAAACCGCAUAAGCGCUGAUCCUCAGAACAAAGUUCUCCUCGUAGAACGUGGACCUGCGGACGACUCGUGGGAAUCCCGUAUACCGCUGUUUUCUGCAAACUUUGCAGAAGACCACAAACUUGCUCGUAAGUUGGACAGCGAAGAGGAGCCUGUCAUUGGAAGGCCCGUAGAUAUUUUCCAGGGCAAUGGGCUGGGAGGUUCGACGUGGAUAAAUCAUAUGUUCUAUACCCGUGGCCCGUCUGUCCAGUAUGACCGAUGGGAAUGCAACGGUGCGGAAGGGUGGGGAUUCAAAUCAUUGAUAUCUUAUUUCAUCAAGGCGGAAUGUGCAGAGUACGACGCAAAUCCGGGUGUGCAUGGUAGCGAUGAUUCGAACCAACAUAGGCAUUCAACUUUCUGGGCGUUCCUCCCGCCGGCUCUGAUCCACGCACGGAGAAUUAAUCUUCAUGUUUGUCCAAAUACAAUCGUCGAGCAAUUGAUCAUAGAAAAAGAGGAAGAUCACUUGGUAGUUCGUUCGGUAGCUCUGGGGCCCACCGAAGUGGUCAUUUGUGCUGGUGCACUUGGGUCUCCCCAGAUUCUCAUGCUGAGCGGUAUUGGACCCGCAGAGCAUCUCAGUGACAUGGGCAUCUCAGUACUACAAGACACACCUGUUGGGGAAAAUCUACAAGACCACUUUGGCGUGUUUAAUAACUAUCUAGUACCGCUCCACGAUUCGCUGCUACGUGUCAACCGCCAACCGCUGUAUUUCAUUUGGGAAGUCCUCCGAUACUUUCUUUUUGGCACUGGUGUGCUCCUCGCCCCUGUCGUUCAAAUGGCGAUUUUUGCCUGUACGGCACUUCUGGAUAAACAUGGCGUCCCCUUGGAGGAUAAGCAGCCUGAAAUAAAUUCCGUUCCAGAUGUGGAGAUCAUGCCACUGGCAUACGCUCAGGGCCUUGCUCAAAAGGACGCAACUCGUGGAGGCUUCUCAUUCCUCACAGUCUUGCUUACUCCUGAGAGCAAGGGUUCCGUUCGGUUGCGGAAUAUUGAUCCCCGUGCAGCCCCUCGCAUUGACUUCAACUACCUCUCGACACUGUCUGACCGCACGCGCAUGCGACAUGCACUUCGGCUGGUACUGCGCCUUGCUAGAGGUCUAUGGGAACAAGGAUACCAGUUGGAACCUGCCGAGGCGCCUCCUUUGGACGCGGAAGUCGUUAGCGACGACACGCUAGAUCGUCAGAUUACGGAACAGGGGUGCACAACAUAUCAUUACACCUCAACCUGUGCAUUGGGCUCCGUUGUGGGCAAUGAUCUCGUCGUGAAAGGUACUCGGAAUCUGCGUGUUGCGGAUGCGUCCAUCUUCCCAGAGGUUCCAGCUUGUCAUUUACAGGCGCCUGUCGUCGCUGUCGCCGAAAAGUGUGCGAAUAUGAUUUUAUCGAUACACUAG